AAAAACGCAGGAAAGAAACAGCAGAGGCUUCAACUCAUGAAGAGUCCAAGCAGAGAACAGUUGCUAAACUCCUUCCUGAAGCAAAAGAUGCUGGGAAGAAAACCAGAGAGCAAUUGGAGGCUGCCCCGGAGAUAGGAAAACGACACCAGCAAAAGCAAGAAGGAAUUGGAACAAAGAAGAGAUUGACAACAUCAAGCACUGAUGAAAAACAAAUGAAAACUAUGCUGAAUCCAAAAAAUGAGAGCACGCCAAAUAAAGCUCAUCAAAAGCAUGUGUCUUCAAAUUGGGAACAAGUUCCCUUGCAUGAAGAGAUCAGGAAAGAUAUUUCUAAGUUUGUUCAUAAGCUCACCACAGGGCAACCACAGCUGCAUACAGAACAACAAUCGAUCAGUGUUCUAACCCUAGCAGGUGAAAAUAGAGGAGCAACUUUUCACUUGGGUUCAGAAUCAAGCAAAAAGGAUGGAUUAGUGCACAUUCACCGGGGUUAUAAGAUCAACCCAGAUGACAGCCCUGAUGCUACCACUGAUGGAGAAGGAAGCUCGAGGGUAAGGACGCCUAAGGAUUCAGCAACCAAAGAAAAUCCAGCAUCAAGAGCUUAUGUCAAUAAUAACAUACAAAGCAUCAAUAAUUCAAUUGUGUCUGAAAGUUCUGUGAAUGCACGAAAUCCAGGUGUUCAUCUUGAACUUUUACACAAUUUAGCAGAAUUAAUCAAGUCCAGUACAAAGGCAGAGCAUGCAGAGCCACGCAAGGCUGAAUUUAAUAUUACAUCAGCAGAGAAGCUUACACAUGAGCCUACGGUACGAAGAAGAUGCCUCAGAGCGCUCUUUGCAGAAUCAAGUGACUCAGACCCAGAUAAUCCCAAAAAACCUCGACGACAUGGUUGCCGCUACAGCUGUGAGGAGAAGAACAAACAAAAGGAGAAAGGGGUUCUAUGGUAACAUAAAUCGCAACUUUGUAAUAAUUACUUACCAGUUUGCAGACAGAAUAUGCAAACAAGAUAUAGAGAAUGACUAUGAUACACACAAUAAAUAUGUCAUAUUGUCCACAAUCAAGCUCCAGACCCAUAAUGUCUUCUGUGUUUUUCAUGAUUUAUUGUUAUUUACAGCAAAAUGUACUAUGUAAUCCAAUCUGCAAGUAAAUACCCCCGGGGGGGGGGGCUUU